AUGCAGAGCGGCUGGGACCCCGCGCUGCUGUCUUCUUCUUCCUGCUGCUCUGACACCUCAUCUGACAGCAGCGACGAUGAAAGUGUUCGCUCUGCUGCUGCUGCUGCUGCUGCUGCUGCAGCAAGUCUGCAGCAGCAGCACCUGCAGCAACAGCAGCAGCAGCACCUCGCACAGUUCCAACAACAAGGACAGUCGCAUCACCAGCAGUUUUUGAAUCAGCAGCAGCAGCAGCAGCAGCAGCAGCAUCUACCGCUACAGCAGCACCUAAGACAGCAGCAGCAGCAGCUCCGCCAGCAGCAACAGCAGCAACCGCAACAGCAGCAGCAGCAGCGGCAGCCGCAGCAGCACAGCCGCGCGAGGGGCUCGAGAAGGGGGAGGGGUGCUGCUGCAGCGCCUCGCGGCAGAGGUAAGCCGAAGGCAGGCCCAGCCAGCAGCAGCAGCAGCAGCAGCAACAGCAGCAGCAGCAGCAGCAGCAACGACAGCAGCAACAGAGCAUCCAGCGGACCCGCGGAUGUUGCUGCACCCGCUCGUCUCGUGCUGCAGCAGCAACAACUGCAGCAGCAACAACUGCAGCAGCAACAACUGCAGCAGCAGCAGCUACAACAGCAGCAGCUGCAGGAACAACAGCUACAGCAGCAGCAGCUGCAUCAGCAGCAGCUGCAACAACAGCAGCUGCAACAGCAGCAGCUGCAGCAGAACCAGGUGCAGCUGCAGCAACAGCUGCAUCCAGGCAUAACUGCACCACCAGCAGCAGCAGCUGCUGCAGCAGCCGCAGCUGCUGCUGCUGCAGCAGAAUCUGCAGCAACAAUUGCUGCUGCUACUCAAGAGGUGCAGCAGCAACAGCUGCAGCAUCAGCAGCAGCAGCAGGAGCAGCAGCUUCAGCAGCAACAGAUGCAGCAACAGCAGCAACAGCAGCACCUUCAGCAGCAGCAACAGGUGCAGCAGCAGCAGCAGGCUCAGCAGCAGCAGCACGUGCAGCAGCAGCACGGAUUUUCAAACCCAGCGGCGCCCUUAUUCGCGCCAGAAGAGGUCGAAGGCGAGAGGAAGCCACUACCGAAAGCACUAGCUGCGAAAGGAGAAGCAGCAGCAGCAGCAGCAGCAGCAGCAGCAGCGGCAACUGCAGCAGCUGCAGCACCGGCACCAGCAGAGGCAUCAGAAAUUGCAGCAGCAGCUGCAGCAAAAGUGGCAGCAGCAGCAGAAGCAAAAGUUGCUGCUGCAGCAGCUGCAGCAGCUCUGUCAAAUCCUCCUUCGUUAAAAGAGCUCGUGGAUCUUGUUGCUGCUGGUGCAGCAACAGGCAGCAGCAGCAGCAGCAGCAGCAGCAGCAGCAGCAGCUGGUACUGCGCUGAGAACCUGCGGCACAGCGAGCGCGGCAGCCGUUACUUCUUCCUAAGACAGCCCCCUGAUGCAGCAGCAGCAGCAGCAAAAGAUCUUGCUGCUCUGCUGCUGUCGCACCCUGGCGGCCUCUUCGAUGUAUUUGAACCCUGUCCACAGCAGCAGCAGCAGCAGCAGCAGCAACAGCAGCAGCAGCAGCAGCACAGCAGCACACGUGUCAAGAGCGAGCCCGAUAGCGCCGCUGCAGCGACACCACAGAAACGGCCGCUGCAGCAGCAGCAGGAGGAGGAGGAGCAGCAGCAGCAACAACAGCAGCAGCAGCAGCAGGAGCUGCAGGAAGGAGAGCUCUUUGAGGGGCUUUCAGGUGUACAGGCAGCUCGAGCACGCUGGCUGCUGCUGCAUGGACGGGGCAGCUGCAUGCGGCUGCUGCUGCUGCAUGCGCUUCAGCUGCUGCUGCGAACCGAUGCUCAGGUGCUGCAGCUGCUGUGUUAUCGCUGUCACUUCUGCAGCAGCAACAGCAGCAGCAACAGCAGCACAAAUAGCAGCAGCAGCAGCAGCAGCAGCAGCAGCAGCAGCGCAUAUAAUUGUGUACUUCUUCCAGAGGCUCCGCAGCAGCAGCAGGAGGCAGCACUGUGGCUUCUGCAUCAGCUGCUGCACGUGACAUACGGCAGCAGCAGCAGCAGCAGCGACAGCAGCAGCAGCAGCAACAGCAGCAGCAGCAGCAGCACGACGCAGGACAUACCUUGGAGCGAAGCAGACAAUCGAUUUGCUGUUCUCGUUGUGAGGUGUCUCCGCAGCAGGUGGCGGCAGCAGCUCUUGUCGCACUUGCAGAGCAGCAGCAGCAGCAGCAGCAGCAGCAGCAGAAACAGCAGCAACAGCAGCAGCAACAGCAGCAGCAGCAGCGGCAGCAGCAGCAGCAGCAGAGAUUUCGAGCCACCACGUAAGCGUCUUGCCUUUGAAAGACUGUUGCGUUUGUCUUCGCGUGCAGCAGCAGCAGCAGCAGCACGCCCAGCUGCCUCAGCAGCAGAAGCAGCAGCAGCAGAUGCAGCAGCAGCAGCUGCUGCUCCUUGUGUUACAGUGCAGCAAAUGGGGCGCUUCUCCCUCGUGCGGCGGUUCUAUCCUCCUUGCUGCUCCGUGCUGCGGCUGUCGCCUGCAGCAGCAGCAGAAGACGUCUCCACUGCAGCAGCAGCUGACACAACAGCAGCAGCAGCAGCAGCAGCAGCAGCAGCAGCGCCCAAUGCUGCUCGCAGGGGAGGACGUAGGGGCCGUGGUGGCAGACCGGCGGGGCAGCAGCAGCAGCAGCAGCAGCAACUGCAGCAGCUGCUGCGGCGGGUAAAACCGCAGCUAUUCCCAGGCUUCCUGCUGCAGGUGAGGUGUCAGAGCAGCUGCAGCAGCAGCAGCAGCAGCAGCAGCAACAGCAACAGCAGCAGCAGCAACAGCAGCAACAGCAGCAGCAAGAACAGGCGUUCUUUUGCUGCGGUUUCUUCUCAUUGA